AUGACGAAACUGUUUACCUAUAUUACAUGUAUCAACAACGUUCGCCCUGUUCUUCAACGGUGUCGUCCAAUGUGUGGCUUAGUAGCAAGGUUACUCCCAAAUAUGUUACUUGACUGGAUUAUCUCUUAUUGUCCUAUAUUGAUCCCUUAUGACUGUGAUAAAGAUCAUACCCCUUGCUUGGGUUCUGGACACUAUGCCCACUGGUGUUUAGUUGUAGGG